AUGCUUAAGGAAAUAAAGAAUGGAUGCAUUCCUUUGCUUUUCCUCCAAAUGAGGUGUUCCACAUUCCUUUGUCUGCCACUUGCUUUUCCCUUUUUAUUGCUUUUUUGGGUUUUUGGUUCCACCUCAGCAAGGGCAAUUUCGUCCACUAGGACAAGGCAUGCCUCCUGGUCGAAGUCAGUCGGCAUAGUUUUCUCAGCCACAGUAGCAAAUGUCUCCAUGGCCAAGGCCCAUGCCCAGUCAGCAUGCCCAUGCCACAUCCUCAUUUAUAGCACCAUCAAUGCCUUAUAUGCUGCAGCCAAAUAUGACUUCUACAUCUUCUUCACAGAACUCUGCAACUACAAACACUCAUGUGCCUGGUUUAACUGGUCCUGGAUUACCAUUAUCUUCUUCAUUUACUGUUCUUUACAUAACUUUGUUUCUUCUUGCAAAGGAGUCGGAAAAGAUCCAAUUUUGCAUCGGUCAUCCGUCUCCAGCCGAUCUCCAAGACCAUCGCUGCCACUGCCAGCGUCGACAACCGAUUCCGACAGCCCGUUCCGAUCCGGUAUUUCAAUAGUUUAUAUCAAUGUUGUCUACGAUGACUUGAAAAUGGCGGUUGUGAUUUUCACCUCCACAAACGCCUGCAAAAGCUUCUCCGAUGAACUUAUCCGAUUAUGUUAUAUGGAGAUGCUGAAACAAUUGCAAGAGAAUGGUGUUGGCGGUGUUGACAUUGUUGCUUUGUGAUCUCAUUUUGAAGAAAAAAUUGUUGCAAGGUGGUUAGUGGCGGCAUGUGGUGGUGUUCAUCUUCCUGGUUCUUCUCCGCACGAUUCCGUCUGUACCCACGUUGUAGAGAAGUGGUUGUUGUUUCCUCAAGAACCAGUUGAUUUGGAAACUGCAUUCAAGUCCGUCUUGGCUAUAUAUAAAGAGUUGAAUUUGAAGAACAUUGAAGUUGUUGCUGAAAAAAUGUAUCCCCCGAAAGAUCUAUCAAAAUCAACAGUUGAUGCUAAUGAUUCCAAUUCCUCUGACAUACCUUCAGCUGAGACACCAAAAAAUUUGGAGAAUUUGAUUGAAAAGUCAAUCUACAUUCAGAUAGAUUUUGAUGGAAAAGUCAAUCCACAUUCAGAUGUUUCAAAAUUGAAAAGUCAUUCUGACUCUGAUAGUGUUGAAAUAAUCGACUUUAGUGCUCACUUCAGUCCCUACAAAUCCCAGUUGGAGAGGGUAUCUUUAAUUGCCAAAGAAGAGGAGAAGCUGUCAAAAAAAGAAAAAAGGAAGUUGGCUUUGUUAUGUUGGAAGUGGGAAGAAGUUGUAGAUCUAUGUGAAGAUGAAGACUUGGGUGUAGAUCUACCAUUCAUACCAGUGAACAAGAAAGUGAAAGUUUCCAUUCAAUCAAGAAAUCGAGUCAUGAAACUUAUUGACGAAUCAGAUGUUGAUUAG